AGGGUAUAAAUAAGGCUGCGCGCAACGAGUAGUCAUUUUUCCAAAAUCAAAGGAAAGAAACUAAGGAACAGGAACGAAUCGUGUUUUUUUCUAACUCUCCUUACCUUUGAUAAACUACUAUUCUUCCUUAUUCCAGUCUCUCCUUAUACCAUGAGUGGAUUAUUUCACAGAAAUGUAUUGGUGGCAGCAGCGGUAUGCUGCUCUGUGCUGGUCCGGUCUGUCCUGGGGUCCCCGGUGUUAGCGCAAGAGCCGAUCCGAUGCGCCCCGUGCUCACCGGAGAAGCUGAGCGAGUGUCCAGCGGUGGCGCCCGGCUGUGCGGAGGUUCUGCGGGAGCCUGGUUGUGGAUGCUGCCUCGCUUGCGCCCUGAAGACGGGGGAUCUGUGCGGAAUCUACACGGCGCCAUGCGGGUCCGGACUGAGGUGCACCCCGAGACCCGGCGACCUCCGGCCGCUGCACUCCCUCACUCGCGGCCAGGCUGUGUGCACUGAGAUUCCCGAGCCCGUGAGCAGCUCUGUGUCCCAAAACCCCGACCAAGGAGCGGCGGACAAUGCCGAGACAGAGAACACUGCCAUGGUAUCAGACUCCGGCUCCAGCCUCUAUCUCCACGGCCACAGCAAGCCCUUCGAUCCCCGGGCCGCCGCGGACGCGCUGGAGAGCAUGAAAGCCAAAGUUAACGCAAUCCGAAAGAAAUUGGUGGAGCAGGGUCCCUGUCAUGUGGAGUUACAGAGAGCUCUGGAGAAGAUCGCUAAGUCACAACAGAAGCUAGGAGACAAACUCAUCAGGUUCUAUCUGCCAAACUGUGACAAACACGGACUCUACAAAGCCAAACAGUGUGAGUCAUCUCUUGAUGGACAGAAAGGCAGGUGUUGGUGUGUGUCCUUCUGGAACGGAAAGAAGAUUCUGGGAUCCACUGAUCUGGAGGGAGAUGCUGAGUGCGCUUAUGAGAUCAACCACUGAUGCAGAACACGCACACACACACACACACACACACGCACACGCGCGCACACACACACACACACACACACACACACACACACACACACACACACACACACACACACACACACACACACACACACACACACACACACACACACACACACACACACACACUAAACCACUGAUUUUAUUUCAAUACCUGUUAUUUAUUAAUUGUAAAUGGUGGUGUUUGAUAUUCAGGUACACACUGUCAUUGUUAAUAUUUUCAUGCAUUUACUUAAACUCUACAGCCUUAUUUAUUUCACACUAUGUAUCUCUUCAUUUUGUUAUUUUUAUGUUAAGAAUAUUUAUAUAACUUUGCCUUAUUGUUAUUAGUGUUGUUAUCAUUAUUAUUAUUAUAUGUGUAUUUUUAUCAGUGUAUGAUGUGCACAUAUGUAUCUAUGCCCUGAGUUACUCCAUAUUGCCGAGUUGAUCUCGCUCUGGUCUUUAGGAGUUUGUCUGCUGGUUUACUUUUUAAAACGAACCAAACAAGAACAAAAGCACUCUGUGACCAAAAUGUCUUUUAGAAGGAUUUCUAAUUGUUAUUAUGUUACUUUUCAUUGUUUUUCAUGUUCAGUGCCAUGGUUUAUUUGUUGUUGUUUUUUCUGAUAUGAUUCAUAGAUGAUGACACUCAACUACAUAAGUGAAUGCAAAAAACGACUAAUUUGGGCAUACUUACCCUCUAAGAAACUCAAUAUCCUAUGGUCCUGUGGGGUUUGCAGAAUUGCAUGAUGGGUAAUGCUCCUGUAUUGCCCCUGUUCUGACGGGUAUCUACCUUGACCUACCUCCUGGUGCUUGUUUGUCUCUGCUGACUGUCUGUCUUCAUUAUUUUGAUACAUCCUCCUGUCAAAGAGGACUUUUACUUUACUGACGGGCAUCACCGUUCUUUAUCUGACCAUGAACACAUUAUGACCACAAAGAACAAAUUGUUGUCGUCUGACUGUGUGGUUUGACCGUGUUUGAUUUGUGAUGUGCGUGCUCUGUCUACAUGCUGCUGUUGGAGAGAGAGAGAGAGAGAGAAGGAAAGAGAGAGAAAGAAAGAGCAAGAAGGAAAAGAGAGAGAGAGAGAGAGAGAGAGAGAGAGAGAAAGAUGUUCUUUUUAAUCCAAAGUGACCGACUGCUCACUCAUGUGUAUGGACACUUUU